GUACCUCACCGCGAUGCGUUCCGCCCAGUGUGCCCCUGCAAUUCAUUCCGCCCAGUGUACCCCUGCAGCGCGACGUUUUGGGGCAUGACGGUUUGGAGCAACUGGACAAGGAUGGCCGCAUCGAUGCAAAUCGGAGGUCACUUCAGCAGGGGGAGGCCCCUAUCACCAGCGUAACUUCCGUGUGGCACUUAAGACAGA